CUCCCUCGUGCGGGAAUCCUCGUUCCGGGAUUACGCACCUUUGGCCGGUUAACAGUAAUCCGCUGGCUCAGACGCCACAGCGACCGAAUGCACCGGCAGCAACCGGUUUGUCACAUGACCGGCGUGCAGCCUCUGUUUCUCCGGCUUCUUUUUUUUUUUAUUUCCGCGUUCACUGAGGCGCAGACCGAGUCGAGCCGAGCUGAAUGACUCCACGGCCCCGCUGCGCGUCCUGCUCUUUCACGCCGCGUAUCCGCGUCGCCGCGCGCGGGGGGGACAGACACACACGCGCUCGCUUCGCCCGGACCCACGCCGCCGCGCGAGGACCAUGCUCACGAGGGUGAAGUCGGCGGUGGCCAGUCUGAUGGGAGGCAUGAUGGCCGGCGGCUCCGGCGAGCACCCCGGCGGCUCGGAUCUGCCGCUCCGCUUCCCGUACAGCCGGCCCGAGUUCCUGGGUCUGUCCCCGGACGAGGUGGAGUGCUCGGCCGACCACGUCGCGAGGCCGAUCCUCAUCGUGAAGGAGACGAAGCGGCUGCCGUGGGCCACCGGCUACGCAGAGGUGAUCAAUGCUGGAAAGAGCACGCUGAACGAGGACCAGGCCUGCUGCGAGGUGCUGGUGGUGAAGAGGAGGUCAGCGGGGACCUCCACACCCAACCGCAGGAGAUCGUCCCUGCCCAACGGAGAGGGCCUGGGCCUCAGGGACGAGCUGGACGGCUCCGGUGACCUGACCUUCCACUACUGGGCCCUGUUUGACGGCCACGCCGGCUCCGGGGCGGCCGUCAUGGCCUCGCGCCUCCUCCACCACCACGUCGCCCUGCACCUCCAGGAGGUGAUGGACAUCCUGUGCACGCCGGGCCUGCAGCCGCCCACGUGUCUGGGCGAGGAGCCCAUCAACCACCUCACCCCGACGUCGCAGCGCGCCCUCACCAGGGCCGCCUCGCUGCGGGGCGCCGCGGGGGCCCCGGGGGCCCCGGGCUCGCCCAGCACCCCGCCCACGCGCUUCUUCACCGAGAAGAGGGUUUCACACGAGAGCCUGGUGGUGGGAGCCAUUGAGAAUGCCUUCAAAGACAUGGAUGUUCAGAUAGAGAGGGAGAAGGCGGCCUACAACAUCUCCGGCGGCUGCACGGCCAUGGUGGUGCUUUACCUGCUGGGGAAGCUCUACGUGGGCAACGCCGGCGACAGCAGAGCCAUCAUCGUCCGCGGCGGUGACGUCACCCCCAUGUCCGCAGAGUUCACGCCGGAGUCCGAGAGGCAGCGGCUGCAGUUCCUGGCCUACAUGCAGCCCCAUCUAUUGGGGAACGAGUUUACACAUCUGGAGUUCCCGAGGAGGGUGCAGAGGAAGGAGGUGGGGAAACGGAUGCUGUACCGUGACUUCACCAUGUCAGGAUGGGCAUAUAAAACCGUCGAGGACGACGACCUGAAGUUCCCUCUGAUCUACGGCGAAGGGAAGAAGGCCCGUGUGCUGGCAACCAUCGGAGUCACCAGAGGCCUCGGGGACCACAACCUCAAAGUGCACGACUCCAACAUCUACAUCAAGCCUUUCCUGUCCUGCUGCCCAGAGGUUAAAGUUUACCCGCUGGCGCAGUACGAGCACGGCGCCGACGACGUCCUGGUGCUGGGAACCGACGGCCUGUGGGACGUCCUCUCCAACCAGGAAGUGGCGGAAGCCGUCGGCGGCUUCCUGGCGAACUGCGACCCCGACGACCAGCACAGGUACACGAUGGCGGCUCAGGACCUGGUGAUGAGGGCGCGGGGGGUGCUGAAGGACCGAGGCUGGAGGAUAUCCAACGACAGACUGGGCUCCGGCGACGACAUCUCCGUCUACAUCAUUCCGCUCGUGCACGGCAACAAGCACAAUUAGCACCGCCCCUGAUUCUGCCCGGACCCGACCCGGUCUCAGCGUGGUGUCAGCGACUGCGCCCCCUGCUGACGAGGACACUCUCACCCCAGUUUUACCCCAUUCUCUUUUUUUUGCGCAGUUGUUUUUAUAUUACAUAGGUACGUUUUUCCCUACGUGUUGGAACUCGUGACCCUCGUGGAAGCGGCAGAUUGACGGGUGGACGUUGUGCUGUUACGCAUCUCAGGACCACUGUUACUAAUGCACAAUAUUUAUACGCGUGGAAACGUCGGUACCCUGAGUUUGGUUGGAAACGUGUACAGUGUAAAGAACCCCGUCCAGACUGACUGCCGUCCUGUAUCUACAUGGAAUCUACGUCUGCUCCUUUUAGGGUUUAAUGACGCCAUGUUCACGUCUGUUGGUUUCAUUUGGAAGAGUCCAGUGUGAACUACUCUCCUCACCACAUCCCAUCAUCCUUCUCUCUGAUCCUUUGACAACGGCUGGACUUUAGCGUGUCCGUUGCACUCUUUCACCUUCGUCUACCUCAUGUUUUACUUCCUGUUCAACGUGUCGGUGGCUCAUCGCUGCAUUAACUGCGCCUGGGCCGCUGUUCUCCUGCAUCCUGUCCCUUUACUUUAGCUCUCCCUCAGUCAGACAUGAUGAUGAAGUCAUUGCCAUCAAUAGCGUUCUUUUCCCUCUUUAAAAAAAAGAAAGCAUGCAUGUAUAAUAUUAACAGAUACAGGACUGAAACGUCUGAUCCAGUGCUUUUCAAAUGUUCAGUUCCUCAACUUGUAGUUUUCAUGUAAUAGUGGAUUAGAACAUGGAGCAGCAUAAUCUAACUGAGAUGUAAAAAAUGUAAAUAGCUUUUACACUGGACUCUUCUUUUACCUUAUUUCAAUUGAUGUAAAUCUUACUGAAAUUAAUAUUUGUAUUCUUUUGGAGACUUAAGUGAACAGUGUAAAAAAGGUUUAAAUAAACAUUUUGAUGGCUUAAUAUUUUAUAAAACUUGAGUAAAGUCAUGAUCUGCUGCAUUUUGAUUUAAUGACAUCUAGAUUUGACCCCACUUUAAAUAAAAAAAAAACAUCUGAAAUGUGAAAUCUG